AUGAGAUCUGAAUCUGAAAGCGAUUCUGAACAUUUCGAAUUUGUCUAAAGCUUUUUUCAUCUCAUUUAAGAUAUUAAUAAUUAUUGCCACAAUAAAGCUUAGAGGAAUAGAACUGCAAAAUUCAUGAAAAAUGCUAAAGCGCGGAGAAAAAUUGGAUAAAUAAAUUUCAGAAUGCCGUAGAGUGCAGAUCAAAAUGUAUCAGAAAUAGUCUCCUUCAAUAAAAACUAAGCAGAGAAAUUAGUCAAGCCGAUGAGAAAUUAAACAAAAAAUUUGGAGAAUUCAAAAGUCGAAACUUUUAUUUGCAACGUUCAUUAAAUACUUAGGGAUAUUCAGUUGAAAUAAUAAAUCUUAAGAAAUGUUUAAAAAUAAGUUUAUUUGAAUUUAAUUUAAUACGACAAAAAAUAGCCCUCUUAAUUGCAAUAAAAAACAAGCUGCUUACAUGUAUAUUUGGCUGAAAAAAUUUACGCUGAUUAAAUAAAAGAUUCUGCCAAUUAUCAAAUCAUUCAUGAAACUCCAAAAAUCGCAAUCCCCUUGUUCAAAAAUAUACCUCAAACAAGAAAAGGAAGUAAGGAUUGA